GGUUCCCCUACGUUACCAGUGGAAUGACUUUUUCCUCUCAGACAGACAGAACUCUGCACUGCGUGGCCGAGGCUUUCUAGAGAUCUCCACUACUAUUAGCGGCGCCAUGGAAAAGAACCCUCCAUCCAUCAGGCAGCAGGCACUCUGUAAUGAUGUUGAGCUGGGAAAGGAGAAAAACCUUCAAUCCCGGAGUUACCAACGUGGUGCCCUGAUUCUGGGCCUGGUGUUCCUGGUGUUGGCUCUCUGCAUUUUUGGACUGAGAUACAUUUGGAACCCAAGCCCUGCGAAGGUGUACGACCAUGACUACAAAGCUAUGCUUGAUGGUGUGGAGAUAGAUAGCAUGAUGGAGAUAGACCCUGCCAAACGUCUGGAGAUCUUCAGAGUGGGUAAAGGCAGUGAUGAGGUCCUGGAGGUCCAUGAUUUCCAGAAUGGACUCACAGGUAUCAGGUUUGCCAAACACCACAGAUGCUACAUCCGAACUCAGACCAAGGAGCUGCCCAAGUUGGAUGAGCUGCAGAUGAAGGAAGCUGAGCUUGAGGUAGGACAGAAUGGUGAAGUGGAUGUGCAGGUGGUGGACUCUCAUGUGUGGAUCCCGGCUGAGUGGCCAAUCACUGACACAACAUUCCUGCUCAACUCCAAGAUCUGGGAGAUGUGCACGGAGCUGCCCAUCCACUGGAUCCAUCCAUCUCCUCUUAAAGAGGCUGAGUUCCAUGACAUGGAGGAUGUAGAGGAUAUGGAGGAUAUUGCGGAUACCCCAGAGACACACGCUAGAGGAGCACGGCAGACCAGGGACGUUAUGGACCAAUUGCCAGUAAACGACUAUACUGAAAUUGGACUUCAGCUGGACAGCACCCUUGACGAGCAGGGCUACUGCUGCCAGUACUGUCACCGCGGCUACCGCUUCUGCCGCCGCUACCACGAGCCCCUGCUCGGCUACUGGCCAUACCCGUACUGGUACCAGGGCGGCAGGGUCAUCUGUCAGAUCGUCAUGCCCUGCAACUGGUGGAUCGCACGGAUGCUGGGCAGGGUGUGAGAGAGAGCCAGAGACAAGACAACGUGGUGCUCUCAGGGGUACACAUGCACCAACCUGCAUACGUUUGUGGGGGUGUCGUGUGCAUUCAAAUGGUGCUUUUCUAAUUCAACCUUUACAGCACAGUAACCAUCAAAUCAUACAUGAUGGUUAUAGCAAACAAUAAGUAUAUUAUAUAACUUUGUGCAACAGACACUUGAGAAACAGCUGUUCCUUUGUUUUCCAUAACUUUAGUGUUUGGUGGAGGAAUAUAAAAGCUCUUUACUGGACUUCAAAUGAGAAGUCAUAUAGCAGAGUUGGUCAUCUGUUCCAUAAAUUAGUAGCCUGCAAUGGCUUCCACCAUCUAUUGGGCCCUUGAUUCAAUUUAUAGUCUAUUCUACUGUAUUUGGGUGAUAUUAUAAUAAACCUGUAUAGGUAAUAUGGAUUUGCAUAUAUUUUUAGUACUCGGCAUGUUUAGCAUUUCAACUUGUGUUUAUUUGUAGUACUGACACAAAACUAUCAUUUUUAUUUUUAAACACGUAUAAAAUUCACCAGACAAGAUUAAAUAAAAUACUAGAUUUUCUCACUGAACUUCGGAAGUCAGCCCUUUAAAAGUAGUUCUUUACAGCUGUGCUGAACUGCCGUGAACAUUGGCCACAGUGCUAUAUUUCCCUGACUUAUACAGCUCUAUAAUUGCAGACUUGGGGCUGCUUUCAAUCAGGGGGGUUUGGCCUAAGUAAAGGGUUGCUCCGUUAAUUACAUUUCUACAGUUUUAAAGU